AUGUCCAGGAACCUGAAGAGAAGGGAUGAAUAUAUUCUCUCUUGCAUCCUUGUAUCUGAGUGUCAGCUGGAGGGGAUCGCUCUGGCACAUGUAAAUAAAGAAGGCAAAAGUCUGACUUUUAGCCAGUCUUUUUUAAAAACAAAAACGCUAAAGGAAAGACAGCUAAAGAAUGUAAAGCAAAAAGAGGAAUCUGCUAAAGCAGAAGAGAAGCCGCCGGCAGUUAAGCCUGUUCUUGGAGCUUAUCGUGGCAAAAUUGUGCAGUCCAAGAUUAAUUCUUUUAGGAAGCCCUCUGAAACAGCAGACAAUAAAAGUUCUGUCCCUGAGUGUAAAACCAUUAAGCAAACUGCAGCAACCAAGCCAAAUAUAUCUGCUACCAGGAAGCCAAUGGUUAGGCCAUCUUCUGUCAAUGACAUAAAACUGAAGACGCAAGUUCCACCAAAAAAGCCGCUAGCACCACCAGUGACAUCACAAGUCAAGACAUCCGCUAGAGUGACCAUAAAGAGGAAAGCCCAACCUGAGACCAUGAGAAGAGCUACGCAUGUCAUCCCAACAGUCGCAUCAAAGGCAUCCAAUACUACAGUUACCAAGAGCAGAGUUGACCAUGUGACCGUGAGAAGAACCACACAUGUAUUUAACCACAAGAAGUCGCUGGGAGCAAACGUGCAGCAGGGGGUUUACUUAGCUGGAAUGCAGAGCAAGAAAAGGGAAACAGUUGGCCCUGUAGGCAGCUUGCCAAGUCACCAGCAGCCAUCCGUUGUUGGCAAAUACCCAAGAGCGAAUGAAUCGGCAGAAGAACGCAAGGCUCGUCUAGCAGAAUGGAGGGCAUCCAAAGGAAAGGUAAUGAAAAGGCCCCCAUCAUCUGUGGCCCUACUUUCUACAUUUAAGGAACAAAAGGAUGAACCAGUGAUCAAAAACGAACCUAAAGAACCUCGCCAGCUGUUCUGGGCAACCAUGGCAGAAGAAGAUGAACAGGAAUGGUUCACUCUGAAAGUCAACCAGAUCUUUGGAGAAUGCCAGAAGUUAAUUGAUGAGGGUAUUCCAAAGGAAGAAAUCCUAUCCAUACUGGAAAAGCAAAUUGAGAAUAUCCCAGAAGCAGAAAAACUUUCCAGAUACUGGGAAUGUCUGGCACAUCUUGAACAGAGAGAAGGCCAGCCAUAUAAAGUAAUUGAAGUGUGUGAGAAGGCAGUGGCAGCUGGGGCACAGCCUCUGGAAGAGCUGAGAGCCAUUCUUGCAAAUACAUUGGAACAUUUGAAGACUGAGCCUGGAGAGAGCCAGAAGAAAGAGAGUGAGGGAGAGGCUGAAGCUGAAGAGCUAAAGGCUGAAGUAAAGUUUGAACCUGAGGAUUCUGCUAUGAAGGAGAAAAAGAAAAGGGGAAGAAGACGAGCAAUGAAAUAUGAACCAAAGAGCCCGUCCACUCCUGAGAAACCAUCCAACUCUCAGAGCUCUCCAGGAAAAGGAGAGGAUACAUCGUCCGUUAUUAGAUUCAACAUCACUACAACCCCUCAUCUGCAAAUGAUGAGAAAACUACAGCUGAGGGAAGGAGAAUCCAGCUUCCAGGGUUACAAAUUUUUAACACCCGUCCGACGUUCCAGCCGCUUGGAAAGGAAAUCUCAUAUAUUUCCAGACAUGUUGAAAGACCAUGACCCAUGUAUUGCUGGCAUUGCCCAGCUGGAAUACCUGGAAGAUCCCCAGAGCUGUCCCAAUGCAUAUAUCUUUCGGAAAAACGAGGCACUAAAGGAGAUUAAUGCAAGAAGCUUGACUAAGAAAUGAAUCAGCUUCAUAGACUAUAGACUGACUGGUUAAAAUGCACCUUUUUUAUUUUAUUCUGUAUACUGGGUUAUACAGUCGACUAUCUUCACAGCACACUAAUGUAUUCGUCAGGUGUUUUU